AUGACGUCCGAAUGCUCCAGCACCAGCUACGAGCACCUGUUCCGCUCAUUGGCGCGUCACUCGCGUCUCUUCCCGUUGCGCAGCUCCGACGUAGCAUUGUUGGCCACACCCACGGACUUCUACCAGCAGUUAGUGCACAAUAUUCAGCACGCAGAGAGGCGAAUCUCCAUCUCGUCGCUGUAUCUGGGCACGGGACAUUUGGAGCGUGAUCUGGUGGACGCGCUAGCUACGAGACUGAAAGAACGACCGCAGCUCCAGGAUCGAUACGUGCAGCUAACGAGCUGCGGGGCACUGGCACAGUUCUACCAUCAGUUCGUAGAAUUAGUUACGGGAUUCUCUUACAAAGUCAAGCUGGACUCGUUGACAUCAGACAAGAACGACUACGAAUUGUUGGCACCGGUAUUGGCACAUGACUCGGAGAAGGCGAAGACGGCAAUGAGACGCGAUCUCGAGAAGCUGGUGGAUUCCAGCAAGUAUCAGCAAGAUAAAGACGAUGAACUUACAGAUGCGUGGGUUUUUCCGACGCUACAGUUUACUCCGAUCUCAAUGGACCACGAUGAGCGCGUACUGAGUGAGUUUGUGAGGCAUUUACCGCGUGGUUCUCAGCUGCAGAUUGCAUCGGGCUACCUGAACUUCCCGCCGUUUUUGAGUGAGCUACUGGAACGCUGUGAAGCUGGCUUGGACGUGAUUUCUGCUGCACCUCGUGCCAAUGGCUUCUACGAUGCUCGUGGUGUGAAAGGGGCGUUGCCUAUGGCCUACUCGCUGAUCGAGCAAGACUUCUUCGAGCGCACUCUCGGUCGCGAGUUCCCAACUGUACUUCGGGAAUUUAACCGCCUAGGCUGGACUUUUCACGGCAAGGGUAUGUGGUGGAGGCCACCUCCGCCGGCAGUGACCAACGGCCACCAGUCUGCGGUGGGUCUUCCCCAACUCACGGUUGUGGGAAGCUCCAACUUCGGACAGCGGUCUUACGGCUGCGACCUCGAGUCAAAUCUGGUAUUAUUCACACGUAACGCGGAUCUCCAGCAACGACUACAAGACGAGUACGAUGCUUUAACUCGCGACGCUGAAGUCGUGACGGAGCAACUUUGGCGACGACCCGAGCGCAUGCUGCAUGGACUUUUCAGCUGGAAGGAUGGCCAUUGGAUCCGACCCGUGUCCAAGUUUAUCGCCGCGUAUCUCUAG